AUGAAUCCGAUGUUAGAUAAACAAGGUGGGAUAAUAAGGACCAGAAAGAAAAUUGUUGAACGUAUUGAAGAAAUUUAAAUGACCUUUAAUUUGCAUGAUAUUUGGAGUUUUCGACCCCCUAUAAAGUUGCAAGUGAAACUUAUAUCUGGCCUUUUCAAAAUAAAUUAUUAAAUAACAUUCUGUUAACAAAUACCAAAUUAUUCAAAAUUGGGUUAAUUGUGUAGGAGAAGUGUUCCUUUAGCGCAAUUUACAAAGAAUACCUAUAGCAAUGAGCAUCUCUUUUAUGACUGCUCCUAUGUGCGCGUCUUUUGGAAGAGGUUUUGCAAUUGGUGGUCUAAUAUUCUGAGUGAAAAUCUAAGCUUAUCUGUCAAAGAUGUUAUUGUUGGUAUUUAAAUAGAAAAGAUAUAUUAAGCUAUCUGAUAAUUCUAAGUAAACUAUGUAUAUGGGAUUGUAGAAGAAACAAAUCAGUCCCAAAGUUCAAUCUGUUUCUACACAAAUUAA